AUGGACUCGCCCCCCGACCAGGCCAUCAUCACCCGGGACCAAACCCCCAGCGGCACCGCGCCUCCCUCCCCUCGCAACGCCUUCUCGGUCCUCAUGGCCUCCGUCCAGCAGCCCUCGCGCGCCCCUCCGCCCCGAUUCCACGGCCGCCUCGCCCUGGGCGCCUACACCGCCGACCCGUCGUCCUCGUCGCCGUCCUCGUCCUCGUCCUCGUCCUCGACCGUCAUCUACCGCAACGACGACUUCGUCGCCAUCCACGACAAGUACCCCAAGGCGACGGUCCACGCGCUCCUGCUCCCCCGCUCCGCCGCCCACAACCUGCUCCACCCGUUCGAGGCCUUCCGCGACGCGGCCUUCCUGGCCGCGGUGCAGGCCGAGACGGCGCGGCUGAGGGCCCUCGUGGCGGCGGAGCUGCAGCGCCGGCUGGGCCGGUACAGCCGCUCCGAAAGGCAGCGGCAGGCGGUCCUGGACGGCGUCGAGGAGGAGCCGCCGCCCGCGCAGGGGCUGCCGCUGCUGCCGCUGCCGCUGCCGCCGGGGAGGGACUGGGCCGCCGAGGUCAUCUGCGGGGUGCACGCGGUGCCGAGCAUGAGCCACCUGCACGUGCAUGUGCUGUCGAGGGACAUGCGCUCGGGGUGCGUGCGGCACAGGAAGCACUACAACUCGUUUACGACGCCGUUCUUUGUGGACCUGAUGGAUUUCCCGCUGCGCGAGGGCGACGCGAGGCUGGACCCCCGGGGGGGAGGCUACCUGCGGAGCGAGCUGAGGUGCUGGCGGUGCGGCAAGGGGUUUGGCAACGCGUUUGCGAGGCUGAAGGAGCAUUUGGAAGGCGAGUUUGUGAGCUGGAGGGCAGAGUAG